AUGGCGAUUCGAACUAAGCUAAACGUCCAACCUCAACACGCUACUUUUGCUGCCGAGAUUUCGGGCAUCGACUUCACAAAACCACUAUGCCCAGACGUUAUCGCCGAAAUUCAGGGUGCGAUUGACAAGUAUGGCGUGCUUGUAUUUCGCGGCGCAAACCUGGACGAUGAUGGUCAUGUUGCCUUUGCGCAGCAAUUCGGCCAGCUGGAGCCGACACCGGCCGCCAGUCUCGGUGUCAAGACACGUCUUCCAAGCCCGUACAUUGGGGACUUGGCAAACGUCGACCAUAGCAACCAGUUGAAAAAGUAUGAAGACAAGAUGUCUCGGCUGUUCGCAAAGGGGAACGAGACAUGGCAUGCGGAUAUGCAAUACCACCCACGACGGUGCAAGUACUCGACUCUACGCGCAGUGCAACUUCCCCCCAAGGGAACUGGCGGCGAAACCUUGUAUGCGGACUCUCGUACAGCAUAUGACGACCUCAGCCCGGAAACCAAGGAGAAGAUCAACGGCCUCGUCGCGUAUUGCUCGCUUCUUCACAAUCGGAGAGAUGCUGCCCCGGAUCUGUACAAAGGUGUCGACGUGAUGGACUGGCCAAAUGCCAAAUGGAAGCUGGUCUAUCCGCAUGAAGGCACGGGGCGGAAGAAUCUAUACGUCACCAGUUAUAUGCACAAGAUUGAAGGAAUGUCACAGGAAGAGAGCGACAAGUUGAUCGCAGAACUCAAAGCCCAUGCAUGUCAGCCCAAGUAUGUACACACGGUAUAUUGGGAAAACGACGGCGACAUGGUCAUGUGGGAUAACACGGCCGUGUUACACCGAGCAACCGACGGAUCAGGAUACAUUGGCAAGUAUAUUCGGGAUGUCCGUCGCACUAGCUGUUACGACAGCGGGAAGUAUGCAUGGGGUGAAAAUGACCCAAACGACCCAUGGAUCAUCAAGCUGCCAAAGGAUCCUUUUGGUGCCCCAAGUGCAUAG